CCCCUUCUUCUUCUUUCCCAUUUCCCACGUUUAGCCUUUAGGUUUUCUUUUCCAAAACUACCCCUAGGGUUUUUUUUAUUUACCUCCACGCUCGACAGCUCUGCUCCUCUUUAACACCUUGAAGAGAACGAAACCUCCAACUCCGACGACUUCCUCUCCUAUUAAUUUCUUAAUAAUUUCACGCAAUUUCUUUUUCUUUAAAUCCAUUUUUUUAAUCUCUUGUAAUUCUUAAUUGAACCGGGUGAACAUGGCCGGAUCCGGAGCCGGAGAAGGCCCGACGCUGAUAAAGCAACUAGCUGCAUGCGACAAGUCGACCCGAGACAGAGCCGUACGGUCUCUCCUCCACACGUGGCUUCCUUCACAGGCCGAAGUCUCCGAUGAGGAGAUGAAGAGACUCUGGAAAGGUCUCUUCUAUUGCGUUUGGCAUGCUGACAAGCUCCCCGCUCAGUCCGAUCUCGUUGAAAAGCUUUCCUCGGUUCUUCCGAAGCUCGAACCCGGUCUAUCUCUCCAAUAUUUUUCUGUUUUUCUUCUUACUAUGCGUCGCGAGUGGACUGGGAUUGACAAGCUAAGGUUAGAUAAGUUUUACCUCUUAAUUCGUAGGUUUUUGAAUUGCUUUUUUGUUAUGUUGAAGAAAUGGUCGUGGGAUUUGGAUUUUACGCGUCGUUCGAUUAGGGUUUUAGUUGAUGGAACCUUUUUAGCUGAUGAUAAGUUUCAAGGGAAUGGUGUUAAUUAUCACAUUGCUUCAAUUUUUCUCGAAGAAAUUAGGCCGUUUCUUCCGGUAAAGAAAGAGGUCGUUGAGGUUUUGUUGGAACCAUUUGUUGGAAUUAUGGGGAAAGUUGGUGAUAAGGUUUUGGUUGGAAAGAUUAGAAGUAAUGUGUUUGAUGUGUUUGUUAAAAUGGGGAGGAGAUUCUUAGAACUUAAGAGGUCCGGGGAUGAGGUCGAUGAAGGUGAAGACUUGGUUGUGUUGGGGACUAUUAGUUUGCUGAUGGGAUUCUCUGCAAAGUUUUACGAAUUGGGUUCUUCAGCAGAUUGCUGUCAGGGAAAUAGGAAGGUGGUGUUAGGGUUACAUGAGGAAUUCUUGAAGUUGGAGAAGGAUUUGACGCUGUGGGGUAUUGAUGUUUCGAUUCCUGAGCCUAAUGAAGGAGGUGAAGAAGAUGAGGUGCCAGAAUUGAUACCUAUUGCUAGUGAGAUGGAAGUGGAUGAUUCUGAUGGUGUUUCAGAGCCGGCUGAAGUUAAUGCUAAUGGUUCUGCCAAGAAGGCAUUGAAGAAGAGCAAGAAGGCCAAAAAGGCAACUCGGGGCAGUGGUAAAAAGACUAAGAAGUGCAAGAAUGCUGAAUGUAGCCCUGCAGAUCAGGAGAAUGAUGUUAUGGUACCUGCAGAAAGUGCCAAUUCUAGUAUUGAGCAGAAUGGUGAUGGGCAUUCGAUAACCUUUACUGAAUCAGUGAUUUCGAACCUUCAGCUGCAGUUUGAGAAGGUUGCUGCAGAAGUGGGCUUGGAUGGUGAUGUUGCAAGUGCCUGUGAUUUGCCAAAAGUUAAUGGUGCUGUCUCCAAGAAGAGAAAGAGAGUAAAGAGUGUGGAUGGGCAAAAAUCUCAGAAUGGGGAGCUAACCAAUCAAGGGGAUGGUGAAGGUGGCGGAACGGCAAAAACUGGUGAGAAGAGCACAAAGAGGGUAAGAUUCUCAAUGAAAAACAACUUGGUUUGGAAGCCUCACAGCCCUUUACCUCCCCAGAGUUUGAGAUUACCGCCCUCCGUUACUCCUAGAGGAAGUGCACUUAAGAAAGGGAUACCUCCAGGUCCCAUAACUGAAGUGCCUCCUUUGACUAAGAAGGUAAAGAAAGCUAAAUCUGUGAAGAAGGCCCGAAAGGUAAUAAAGAGCAUGUACCCUCUUGUCAAACGCACAAAGAAGUUGAAAUCUGUGUCCUCUUAGCAGAGUUUGUUUUGUGAGUUUGUUCUUUCAUGGAAAAAAAUGUAACAUGCUUAGUCGUCAAAAUUUUUCGAAGUUUGGUAUUUGUUAUCUUGUUACAGUUUAAACUUUCGCUCACAUAUGAUCUUUUACUUUCUAGACCUUUUGGUCUUUGAAUUUAGAAGUUGAUUGUGAUGAGAAGGUAAUUUAUCCAUGAGUGAAAGACAGGCCUUGGGUUGAAUUAUUUUCUUUGCUUUC